GACAUCAACACAAAAUCAGCUGAUUGUGUUUGGAAUCGCGUUUUUCGGAAGUUUCUUCGCGAUUUUUCAAAGAUUUUAAAUUAAAAUUAACUUAAAAUGAGUAAUAUUAUAGAGAUAUCGCCAGAUUUUGACUCCGUUUGUCGAUGUUGCUUAAAAUCCGAAGAAUUAGUUGAAAUUUAUCGCGAUGGCACCGAUUUAAACCCGGUUCUAGAAGAAGUGAUUUUGCCAAACUAUAUUCCCGUAAAAGUGGACGAUUUAUUUCCGAACUAUUUGUGCACAAACUGUCUAGACUGCCUCCGGCAGUGGCAUCGGUUCCGUAGUAAAUGUGAAGAAUCUAGUCGGAUCUUGGAAGGGUUGUUGAACGAAUGCCAGCUUGAGAUUCUCGAAGAUCCGGAUUCGUUAGAAGAAGAAAUCGAAGAAAAAGAUGUUAAAAUUGAGGAAGUCUUUCUUGAUGAGGAGCUGGACAGCAUUGCAGACCACAUUUCCGACUCGCCCGAUGGAGAUCAUGACGAAGAGCCCUCGAAACCAAACUCCACCUCCCGGAAGUGUCCAAUUUGCAACAUCCCAGUGCCCCGCGGUCUAAAGGAGCACCUCCUAACACACGAAGAUCCAACGGGGCGCCCAUUUCGGUGCGACCAGUGUGAUAAAAGCUACUGCCGGAGCGCCAACUUGCGACUCCAUCGCGAAAAGGAACAUCUCCAGAUUCGAUACCCCUGCCCGGUCUGCGGAAAGGUCUUCACCACCAAGGACAUUUUGGCAGUGCACCAGAAGUUGCACGAUUCGAACCGCCAGUACCGGUGCGACCAGUGCGGCCAAACGUUCAACUCGAACAAGUACUUGUACAAACACCAGCAGAAGCAUCGCGGAGAGCGGAAGUUUGUUUGCUCGUACUGCGGGAAGGCGUUUAUGGUUGGGGAAUACCUCAAGAAUCACCUGCGGAUUCACACCGGAGAGAAACCGUAUCCUUGCAAGCAGUGUGGCAAAUCGUUUCGCAUUUCGAACCAGCUGAGGCAGCACAUGCGAACGCAUUUGCCCAAGGGGGAACGUGUUGCGUCCGGGAAGGAGUGGAGCGUGGACGAUUCGAAGCAGGAAGUUGACGAUGAUGAGCUGUAGAGGAGCGUUGUUUGUUUUGAUUAAACUUUCUUCUGUGAAUCCAAAACAAUCUCCCGGGGUGAUUAUUCAACACGAUCGCCCCCUCUUCAAAUCAACUCAG